AUGGCGGAGCCGUCAAAGAUCACGAUCAAGACCAGGCUUCCGGUGGGACUGAUCCCACCUAAUCUGGAGCGGGCGCAGAUCAAGACCGAGCGACUCGUGAUCCGACCCUACACCCAAGACGACCUCGCUGGCAUGCACGUGCUCCGAACGCAACCGGAGGUGAUGCAUUUCACUAUGCGGGGCUGCAUCGACCAGAACCUCGCGGAGACGCAGGAGAGGCUUGACUGGUACCUGCCGCCGCGCGACUUGGAGAGCUACAACUGGGCCAUCUGCCUCGCGGAGACGGGCGAGCAGGUCGGCAUGGGUGGCGUGAACCGCCUGAAGGCGAACGGCCAGACGGGCUGGCCCGAGGUGGGCUACAUGUUCAAGCGCGAGCACUGGGGAAAGGGGUACGCGACCGAGUUCCUGCGCGCGUUCCUCGACGCCUGGUGGACGCUGGAGCGGAGCGAGGUGGAGCUCGAGGUCGACGCCCGCUCGGUGGACGGGAUCGUCGACGGAGCCCAGGCCGUCGCGAUCCCGGACCGCGUGACCGCGAUCGUCGACGCGAACAACCGGGGCAGCCUGCGGGUUAUGGAGAAGGCGGGGUUCCGGCAAUACAAACAGUUCGUCGAAGCGGAUAGUCGAAUGGGUUACGAAGGGAAGGACAUCACCCUCGUCGGCUUCAUUCGGAGCAAAGAGACUUGA